CGGGGCACUCAGUGCCCUGCUCUGCCCGCAGCGCCCGCCAUGAGGCUGUACAGCCUGAGCGUGCUGUACAAGGGCGAGGCCCGCGUGCAACUGCUGAAGGCCGCCUCCGACGUCUCCACCUUCAACUUCUUCCAGCGGUCCAGCGUGCAGGAAUUCAUGACCUUCACCAGCCAGCUGAUCGUGGAGCGCUCGGAGCUGGGCAGCAGGGCCUCGGUCAAGGAGCAAGACUACCUGUGCCACGUGUACGUGCGCAGUGACGGGCUGGCCGGCGUGGUGAUCGCCGACAACGAAUAUCCGUCACGGGUGUGCUUCACUUUGCUGGACAAGGUCCUGGAGGAGUUCUCCAGGCAGGUGAGCAGGGCAGACUGGCCCUCGGGGUCUCCUGCCACCAUCAGCUAUGCAGCUCUGGAUGGAUACCUCAGCAAAUACCAGAACCCCCGUGAUGCCGACCCAAUGACCAGAGUGCAGGCAGAGCUGGACGAGACCAAAAUAAUCCUGCACAACACUAUGGAGUCGCUGCUGGAGCGAGGGGAGAAGCUGGAUGAUCUGGUGUCCAAAUCAGAGGUGCUCGGGGUCCAGUCCAAAGCCUUCUACAAAACCGCCCGAAAGCAGAACUCCUGCUGUGAGAUUAUGUGACCCGGGGCUGGGGGUCUCCUGCUCCGGCUCACCGGGGCCUUCGCUCCCGUUCGGAUCUCGGCCGCUCCCAGGACUGAAAGCAGAACCCCGUGGGCUCCUGGGCCGUGCUGCAGCCUUACCCAAAAACUGGUCUUAGUGGCCCCUGUGCCGGGGGAGCGCCGGGAGCGUGCCGUGCCCUGCCAUGACGCCUGUCACACCAGCGAGUGCCUCGGCUGUGGGAUGGGGAGAGAGGAGCUGGGCCCCCCGCAGGGCCUGGGGCUGUGUGGGGAGC